AUUUCCUCAAAAAGAGUUAUGAAAAAAUUCAGAGAAUUAAAAAAGACAGGUGAUGGAACAUUUGGAGUAGUAAUAAAAGCAGAAGAUACUUAAACUCAUGAUUUAGUUGCUAUAAAAAAGAUGAAAUAAAAGUAUCACAAUUUUGAUGAAUGUACAAAUUUGAGGGAAGUAAAGGCUUUAUUAAAACUCUAAAAUCAUCCAAAUAUUGUAAAACUAAAAGAAAGUAUAAAAAAUAAUAUAUUAGUUUUUCUUGAUAAUGAUACUUUAUGUUUAGUAUUUGAAUUUGUCGAAAAGAGUAUUUAUUAAAUGUAUACUUAAUAAAAAGAAAUGGUAAAUUCGAUAAUUAAAUAUAGGGUAAAAUAAUUUCAGAAGAUUAAAUAAAAUCAAUAAUAUAUUAAGUCGCUAAUGGUUUAAGUUAUAUGCAUAAACAUGGAUAUUUCCAUCGUGAUCUGAAACCAGAGAAUAUGUUAGUAACAAAUAAUGGAGUAGUUAAAAUAAUUGAUCUUGGAUGUGCAAGAGAAAUAAGGUCUAGACCUCCUUAUACUGAUUAUAUAGCCACUAGAUGGUAUAGAGUAAAUUUUUAAUUAAAAAUAAUAGGCACCAGAAAUACUUUUGAAAUAAGCUAAUUAUAAUAGUCCUGUAGAUAUAUUUGCAUUAGGUUGUAUAAUGGCUGAACUAUUUUUAAAUAGACCAUUAUUCUAAGGUAAUUCUGAAUUGGAAUAAUUUAAUAAAAUACUUUCAACUUUAGGGUAUAUAUAUAAAUCAUUAAUCAAUAAGGACAUUUACAUAAUAAGAAUGGCCUGAAGGAGGUAGACUAGUGUCUUAAAUGGGUUUGGCUCUUGCUUAGUUUUAACCUUUACAACUUUAAUAAUUAAUACCAAAUGCUAGUACAGAAGCGAUUAAUUUAUUAACCUAAAUGAUCAGAUGGGAUCCUAAUAAAAGGAUUACUGCUACAUAAAUGUUGACUCAUCCUUUUUUUUAUAACAUUGAAAAGAUUGCACCAUCUUUAAUUUUCGAAGAAUAAAUUAAAUCUAAGGAUGAAUUAAAGUUCUUUGAGUCGGAUCAUAAAACUAAAUCUUACAGUCAAAAAGAUGAAAUUCAAACAUAAUUCAAACAAAAAUAAUAAUUCAAAUAAUAAAUUAAAGAUGAUGAUAGCAAUGAUUUAGAUGACAUUAUAGAUUUCAUUACUACAGAAAAUAAACCUAUGCCAUCUAAAUUAACUACUUAAAGUGCUAAAACACUUGAUUUCGGAGAAUAUACCCCAUCAUAAACUUUAAAUAGAUAACCUAGAAAUCUAUAAACAAGUUAAUUAUAGGAAUAGCAAAAGAAAGAUAAUAAUUCUAUCUAUGAUUUCAGCCAUUUGCAAAGUUUUAAACCAACCAAAUAGUCAAAUAUAAAUUCUAAAUAUUGA